UAUUUUUGUUCGUAUUUUCGUAACCGUAUUUUGGGGGUUUUUGGGACAUCCAUCAUUAUCCCUACCUGGAAAUGGAUUUGAAAGCCGCUCGUAUAAAAGACCUUUCAACCUUCGAAAAAAUAGAAUAAAGCCAUACAACUUCCAAACGAAAAAACAAAACCCAAAAAUUAAAAAAGAAAAACAAAAAUUUCAAAACCAAUUAUUUUAUUUUAUUUUUUUAAAGAUCUUCCUGUUUAUGCCCUAGAUCCUCUAAUCUUCACUGUCUAUCUUACUAACUUCCUUUCAUCAGAUCCUUUCGAUUUUUUUCACUAAUUUAUCACAUUAAUCUUCUUCUCGACUUCAUGGAGUUUUGAUUUAUCGCACGCUUUACGAGUGUGUGAUGGAUUCGGAUAAUCUAUUGUCUGAGGGUGGGCUUGAGGUUGCCCAUCAAAAUGGUGUUUAUCCACAACUUCGGAUGUCUGGGGAUGACAGUGUCUCAGAUAAUGUGAAUGGAAAUGUUGAAGAAACCGUCGAGACUUAUUUGCAGAAUGGAAUGGAUGACAAUGAAACAACCGGGAAAGCUAGAGAACAGUCGAAUGAUUCUGUGGAAAGCAAUGGAUUGAUUGAUUCUAAGGAAGAGGAAGUAAAAGAUAAUGUGAAGCAAUCCAAACCUCAGAAGGUUCAAGGCAAGACCAAGAAUGAGAAGCCCUCUGGUCCCAAAAAUGUUUCUUCGGCUUUAGUGAAGAAAAGUAAAGAUGGAAAAAGUGCUGAGGUGGCAUUGACAGCUUCGAAUGGUGGUUCUGUUGCUACAAAUUCACGUCUGAAACAGCCUCUUAAAAGUAGCCCAUUUAAUGGAAGACAGGCCAAUGUGUCCAAGCAUUCUGAAAAACCUGAUGCAGCCCUCUCUGAAGGCAAUACGGAGAAACCCAAGCUGAAGCCUUUGAAGAAAGGGCCUCUAAAUAAAGCUGAAGGAGACACAGAGUCCUUAAGCCCCACGGUAGCUGAUGCCAAGCCUCAUAGGAUUGGUACUCUUCCAAAUUAUGGUUUUAGUUUUAAGUGUGACGUACGGGCUGAGAAAAGGAAAGAGUUCUACACUAAACUUGAGGAAAAGAUUCAGGCAAGGGAAGUAGAAAAGAGCAACUUGCAAGCCAAGUCCAAGGAAACUCAAGAAGUUGAGAUUAAGAUGUUCAGGAAGAGUUUGAAUUUUAAAGCAACUCCAAUGCCAAGCUUCUAUCAGGAACCUCCACCUCCUAAGGUGGAAUUAAAGAAGAUACCAACAACAAGAGCUAAAUCUCCAAAGCUUGGUCGAAGAAAAAGCUCAACUCCUUUGGACUCUGAUGGUAACAGCAAUAGUGGCCACCAAUCAGGCCGGCUAAGUCUGGAUGAGAAAGCAUCGCAGAGUAGCUCUGCCAAAGUAAUGUCUCUUGUCCAUGCAAAGAAGCCACAGCGGAAAUCACUUCCCAAACUGCCUUCUCAGAAGACUAGUUUGUCCAUUGCAACAAAUGAGGAAAAGACAUCUAAGGCAUCCAAUCAGGAAAGGAUAACUGCAUCUAAAGCAACUACUGAGGGAAAAAUAGCCUCAUCUAGAGCAACAAAUAAGGAGAAUACCACCUUAUCUGAUGUGACAAAUGAGGAAUUAUCUCCAAUCCAACAGCAGGAGGGAGUUUCUACAGCUGAUUCAGGUGAAAGUCAAUCCGACUUGGAUCGAGGGCCAGUGGUUGGAGAGCAAGGACAGCUGAACUUGGUACAAGAGCCCUUUGCCCUGGGGCAUUAAGCAUGGCAAUUGUUUUAAGUGAAUGUUCAUAUACAAAGCUCUUGACCUCAUUUGCCUAAAUAAGGACGUCUAAGACUGAAUUAUUUGAUGAUCAAGGCAUGAAAAAUUCUACAUUACGGGUUAUGAUGUUGUCUUCCCCAAUAUUCAGCAGCUUUGGUUGUUUCGUGUGUUGCUUGCAAAGGUUGCUGGGCUUGUUGUUAGGAUUCUGCAUUCCUGUUUGCAGCACUGCAUGUCAAUCUUUUACCAAGUUGUCCUAAUUUAUGUUGUUCAAGGAUGGCUUAUUGAAUAUAUUUGGAAAAUUUUGAAGUUUGUCUGCUGUGGCUGUUAGAUAAUCCAUUAUCGAAUAGGGCUUGUCCAAACCUGCUGGAGCACCUUAGUAUUGUGAAUUAAGUCCUCUUUAAAGUUCUGAGCCUUCUAACGUUGUGUAAACAAUCUGUUUAUUAUGUGAAUUAAGCGCCUAGGUUGUUUUA